AUGUGUUCCAACAAAAUUUUACUUGUGUCUAUUUCUCUUCUCAGCUGCUUCUAUUUUGCACAUGCACAGAUAACUAAUGCUGAAGUAAAUGAUCUGAAGGCAGCUUGGCAUGUAUAUAAUAAAGAUCCAAUCAAAUAUGCUACUGACCUUGUAACCACUGUCGUCGAUCACGUAAUUGUACCAUUAGCUAAAGAAAAUCUUAAACUACUUGACUUCGUACUCAGUGCAGAAGCAAGAGAAAAAGUACUCGCAGCUCUCCCCAAACUUAAAGAAAUUGUCAAUGUAGAACUAUUUAAAACUCUAGUUGUUGAUGGGGCCAAGAUUAUUAAUAUGAGCAUUGAUGCACUAGUUGACACACUAGUUUCAGUUUUAAAUUCCUUGGAAGCAUCUUUAAAAAAAUAUCUAGGCAUUAUUUUAGACAUUAUAAUACAGAUUGGCGACGAGGCAUUAGGAAAACUAACAAUAUUAGCAGAACAGCAUAUGAAAGGCAGUUUUACUGACGCUCAAAUAAAAGCUGUGCAAAAGGUUAUUAGAACAAUAGAUUCCAUAGAUAAAGAUAUGAUUGUUAGAGUAUUGCGUUCCAUACGCUAA